CUAUGGGCACCCUAUUCCCUAUGUAGUGUGCACUAUGGGCACGCCAUGGGUCCUGGCAAAACCCUCUACAGGGAUUAUUAGGGUGCCAUUUUGGACGUAAACUCAGUGUGUUUGACCUGUAUUACUGCUUCUGAUCUGAAUCACAUGAUGCCUUGUGUUGUCUUUAUCAUGUCCACCUAAUUAACAGGUGAUUGUUGUUAACAUGGUUCUGUCAUUCAAUAGAGGGCUAGCUUCUACUGUCUGGUAGUACAUUUAUAACUCAUUCUGUCACUGAGUAGAAUGCAUAACUCAUUCUAGUCUUAUUUUGAAGGCUUCCUCUGAAGGAAGAUGGGGGAAACCAAUGUUCUGUUUGAAACUAAUGGUGGGUUGGGUGAAGAUGAGAACACAGAGAGUAAGAACGAGUUGGUUACCGUGGUGAACAAGGAAAAGUGGGAGGAUCUAGUGGCGUUGAAGACUCAAUGGUAGUAGAGCCUACACCCGUGAAUGUUUCUCGGCAACCAAGGGAUCCUGAUAUAUUUCAUGUUAAAAAGGUGGACUGUAUAAUUGAUUGCAAUGGUCAUAAACGGCACAGCACAAACGGAGAAGAAAUCCGAGACAAUUGGCGUCAUUGUAAGUGCAGCUGAACGCUCUUUGGGACUUUGGAAUCCUGUCGAAGAAUGUUCCGCCCUGCGCUAUGACUGGAUGUGGUUUUUAAUGGGUCUAUUUUUGUAUAGUAUUGUUUUUUUACCCAUUGUGCCCCUCUAAUGAGGGACUGAUUUAGACCUGGGACACUAGGUGUGCGCAAUUAAUUCAGGUAGAACAGCAAACCAACAGACUCCGGACCUCGUAGGCUAAGAGUUGAGUACCCCUGGUAUAGCCUAUGAUGUCGUUUACCCCCCCCCAAAAAAAUGCUUUUUAUUUUUUUUCCUGCAAUAGACAUUCAAGUCUGCCAAGACACCUGUGAAGAAGGCUCGCUUCCCAUACCGGAAAUGACGGCAUCAAACUGCUGCCAUCAAAACAGGCUGAGUUGAAAGCAAGACUAUCUAAACCAUCUUUGGUCAUAAGGUAAACAUAUCGGAGGGAAACGUCACACAUACGAUAUGAUUCAAGUUGAUUAAAAGCAUCAAGGUACUCUAUAGUCCUGCCAUUGACUGCAUUGUCGUUGUUGCCACAAGAGCAGGACAAUAUGAAUCCACUCAGUUCAGAGAAGGAAACGUUGAUUGAUGAAAUUGAACAGAGUUUAUUCACUUUAACCGAGGACAAUUUAUGUUACCUGUGUGAACGUCAUGGCAACGAUGGAUCAGAAAUUAAAGGGAUGAAUCAUCGCUUAUUACGCCGUAGAAUCAUGGAGGAAAUGUGGGACAAUACAGAUUCAAUGAAAUCGGAGGAGCAGGGAAUGUCUUGGUUAGUCCAACUGAAAGAGGACAUCAGAAGGAUGCUGGAGGAUGCUAGUGGUGCACCAAUGAGUCCCAGCCAGUCCGAUGAUGAUGAUGCUGUAGACUGUGGUGAAGAAUGCGAUGGGGACAGCGAUUGGUUGCCUAGCAAUGGACUGAAGGUGGAGCACUUGAGUUCCAGCCAAUCCGAUGAUGACGCUGCAGACUGCGAUGAAGAAUUUGACGUGGAGGACAAGGAUUGGUUGGCUAGCGAUGGGCUGGGGCCAGAGUCAGAUCCAGAGAGGCACACUCCAGAUCAGAGAAACAAGCUUUCCACGUCACACUCCGCCCUCCCGAAGUCCCCAGGUCGUGCCUCUCCCAGUAGCGUAUUACUGCUGGGUCUGAAGAGGGUGUCUGUGCGGCUGGUCGAAUGCAUGAAAACAGCAGGGCAGAGUGGCCAUAUAAUACACAAGACAACACAGACAGGAGAGAAUCCUCACAGCUCAUCUGCUGAACAACGCAAUGAAACCCUCUCAGGAGACAGUCCAAGCUCCCAUAUCUGUGAUCAUUGUGGGAAGAAUUUUACCACAGCAAGAAGUCUAAAACUACACCUACAGUACCUGAAGAGAUACAGAGAUAACUUGACUGGAGAGAAACCACACGUGUGUUCUACAUGCGGAAAGGGAUUCAGUGAGGCUGGCAGUCUUAAGAGACACCUGAGAACUCAUACUGGGGAGAAACCGUACAUCUGCCAUCAUUGUGGGAAGGCUUGGAGUGAUUCUGGAAACUUAAGGAGACACAUGAGAAAAACUCACCCAGGAGAGAAGGUCGUUGUGAAGAGCGUCCUUACAGGAGAGAAACCUUACCAUUGCUCCUCUGACGACUGUGGGAUGAGCUUCGGUACCUCACGCAAACGCAGAGUACACCAGAGAAAACACACAAGAGAGAAGCUUUGCAGCACGCCUAAUGCUAAGCAACGUAAGGAACCCCUCUCAGGAGAUGGCUCCCAUAUCUGUGAUCAUUGUGGGAAGAGUUUUAUCACAGCACGAAGUCUAAAACGACACUUACAGUACCUGAAGAGAUACAGAGAUAACUUGACUGGAGAGAAGCCACACGUGUGUUCUACAUGCGGAAAGGGAUUCAGUGAGGCUGGCAGUCUUAAGAGACACCUCAGAACUCAUACUGGGGAGAAACCGUAUGUUUGCCAUCAUUGUGGGAAGAACUACAAUGAUUCUGGAAACUUACAGAGACACAUCAGGACGCACACAGGUGAGAAACCCUACCACUGCUCGGAAUGUGGUAGGAAUUUUCGUGAAAAAAUAAGCCUUUUACAUCACCGGGAAGUUGUUCACACAGAACACCCUCACCGCUGUGCUCACUGUAUGAAGAGCUUCGUAAGUGCAUUUAAACUGGAAUCACACAUGCAAACCCGGCAUCCGCCAAAUGAUCCUCUGAAAAAACCACAUGUGUGCUCUGAAUGUGGAAGGGGAUUCAGUGAGGCCGGCAGUCUUAAAAGACACCUGAGAAUCCAUACUGGGGAGAAACCGUACGUCUGUCCUCGCUGCGGUAAGGAUUUUACUCAAUCUGGACUCUUACAGCGACACAUGAGAACUCACACGGGAGAGACACCUUACCACUGCUUGGUGUGCGGGAUGAAGUUUCGUCAUACAAUCUCGCUAAAGCAGCACCACCUGAAGAACCACAAGGGGGAGACACUGGGUCCAGUCCGUAUGCACCAAGGCCCUCUUCCAUGCCCCCACUGUGGGGAGAAGUUCUCUACCAAGGCUCUUCUAAAGGAUCACCUUCAGAAGACUCACAAAAGCAGAGUCCACUGCCCACAGUGCGACAAAACCUUCUCCACUAAAGGUAGUUUACUAGUCCACCAGAGGAAACACACCGGAGAGAGGCCUUACCUUUGCCCUCAGUGUGGGAAGAGUUUCUCUCUGACAGGGAGUUUAAAACUUCAUCUCCGGAUUCAUGCUGGUGAAAAGCCUUACUGCUGUACUUACUGUGACAAGAGCUUCACAAGUAAGAGCCACUGCACUCUUCACCUUCGAAUCCACACUGGAGAGAAGCCGUACCAAUGCCCUGACUGCGGGAGGAGGUUUCGGGAUGGGAAUGUCUUGAAAAACCACCGGCGGACCCACACAGGAGAGAAACCGUUCCAGUGCCACGUGUGCGAUAAAGCCUUUGCCCAGUUGAGCAGUCUGAAGAAACAUCAGGAGACACACAGGCAAACUCAGCCUGUCUCUGUCCCAAGACUCCCUAAUCCCUACCCACCACACAAUCAGCAUGUCCCUUAUCCCUACCCAUCACAGACUCAAUGGUAACCUGGUUUAUAACCUGUCCAAUCUCUUAUAAAGGGAUUCCUCACGAUACCCAGACAGAAAAAUACCAUCAUUUGGGGGAAAUUCACAAAAUAUAAUCCAUAGAAUAAAACAUUAACACCUUCCUAAUAUUGAGUUGCACCCCAUUUUGCCCUCAGAACAUCCUCAAUUUGUCGAGGCAUGGACUCUACAAGGUGUCGAAAGCAUUCCACAGGGAUGCCCAUGUUGACUCCACUUCAUAAAGUGGGCUUAACUUUAAAACUAGAAGAGAUUCCACAUUGGAACUUUGAUAUGCUUAUAGAGUAUAUUAUGUACAACUAUAUAAAUAUUUUUUACACUACCUUUCAAAAGUUUGGGGUCACUUAGAAAUGUCCUUUGUUUUUUAAAAAGAAAAGCUCAUUGUUUGUCCAUUAAAAUAACAUCAAAUUGAUCAGAAAUACAGUGUAGACAUUGUUGAUGUUGUAAAUGACUAUUGUAGCUGGAAACGGCUGAUAAAAAAAAAAUGAAUAUCUACGUAGGCGUA